AUGGAUAGUCAAGGCAACUCUCAAGAUUCUGGCUGUGAUGAGCCCAGCUCCCCCAGCUGCUCCGAGGACAGCUCUACCCUGGAACCACAAACCAAGAUACACGAUCCAUUCGCUGAGUUGAGCCCCUCAGAGCAGUCCAGUAUCAUGUCUGCUCAUCUACAACGCUACGAAGAGCGUAUGACGGACAGCAACAAGCGAACGCUACAUCGUGUGCUGGACAUAAUCUCGGCUACAGAAGGCGACGACGCAAUUCAUCUGGACAUCCUAGCAACACACAUGGGCAGAGAAUCUCGUACAAUUUGCGACCAAAAGACUUGGCCGGGUUACAUUCAACUCGAGCAAGAGAUUGUUCGGCCGAGCGACUUGAAAACCUCUGAGGAUUGGGUUUCGUCUGGAGUCCUUUGUCUGUACGAGGAAGAAUUCGUUGCCAGCUUUUUGCGGGAUCUCAAAAUUGUCGUGCGCAACAAGGCCGAUAAAGACCUGCUAGGGACUGCGACAGAAACAUUUGAUCUUCCAGCAGAAUACUGCGAGUUUGCCAGGCAGUGCGGCGGAAUCUUCUACGAGAACUACGACAGGACGAGAUUUACAUGUCCAUUCGGAUCGCAAUUUUAUCAUCCCGAAGACAUGGCUGUCCCUCUUGAGAGGAUGACCAGGAUAUUUAACGACGAUGGUUACUUCGAGGUCGCUGCUGGCUGGAGAGUAGGUGAUAAUGAACUUACCACAUCUCUGUAUUACAUGCUUUGCAGAGUCACAGCCGACAUGGACGAGCCAUGGCAGUGGAGGAUUGGUUACUUCGACUACGAUACUCCUGACAUGCGUCUCUGGGAGAACCUCCCUGACUUCCUCGAGUGGUACUCCGAAGGCUAUGAUCGUGUUAUCUGGGAGAACGUUGAAGGAACAAUUGAGAGGAUACAUGAAACAUGUUUGGAAGAGUUGGAGGGAGGACAGACUAGAUAG